CCAAAUCCAGCAGAGCAAUCUUGGAGCGAUCUUCCACCCUCAUUAAGUGAAACGCUAGAUCCCCUUCGCAGUAUCGCCUUCGACAAGCUGGCUGAAGAUGCGCCCCCGGACUACUAUGCGAUCCUCUCCGUCUCGCCCACUGCUUCCUCCGCCGAGAUAAAACAAGCCUACCAUCAAGCCUUGCUCAUCUACCACCCAGACAAGCAGCACAGCCAGCGGGGGACCAGUACCUCAGACCAUAGCAGCGGUGUUGACAUCGCCCUGCUGCAGCGAGCAUACCAAGUCCUCGCUUCUCCGGCCGACAGAGUUGUAUACGAUGUCUCUCGCACGGAAGCGAAUACAAAGGGGGGGCCUCGCCCGGCACAAGUCGUCUCGCUGGAGGAAUUUGAAGAGGGCGAGGACGGUGCCGAACGGGUGGUGUGGACCUACGCUUGUCGCUGUGGCGGCGGGUAUAUUGUGACCGAGGAGGUCCUGGAGGAUGGUCAACAUCUCAUCGGGUGUAACAGUUGCUCGGAAGUCGUCUGGGUAGGCUACGAAGUGGCAGAGGACGAAGAGGAGGAUAUGAGGUGAAGUCAGGAGCCUCUGAUCCAGGUGCCUGGGGCAGUACUCGGUGGGCACGGAGAGAUCACAUCACAAGGUAAUGCUGCUGCUCGGAUUGUGAACAAAAUCGUGAAUCGUGAACGGGUCAUGAGGGAUAAGAUGUCUCUGGGUUACCUGUGCAUCGUCACCAAUCUUUUAGGGAUCUGCUUCGUAUAUCUGUAUUCGCUAGAGCAUUCGACGGCUAGGACGAGAUCUUCCGUUCGGACCCUAUACAGUCUGCCUUCGCGCACGUAGUAUAUACUUAGUUUCCAUCUGGGAUUUCUGUUGCCAGAGAACGGGCUAUGUCCGGACCCGGUAGUGAAGGGGUUUCAGGUCUUAUAUCAAGUACAAUACCAGUG